AUGUUGCAGUCGGCAGUGCUGUUGGCAGUGCUGCCGGUGUUACGCCUGGCCGCUCCGACUUUCUCGAAGGAGGGUCAGAGGGAGCUCGGGCGAGCUGCAGCGGGCCGAAGGCAGCGGCAGCGGCUGCAGCGGCACCUGGCCACGGAGAGCCGCCGCUCGAAGGCCGAGGCGGUGGCUCGCGAGAGCUUGGAGCUGGCGCUGCACUUGGAGCUGACGGCGCUGCGCCAUCGGCUCCUUCGCUCCCAGCGCCGGGUUUGGUCCGCAGCCUCGCCAGAGGAGUUGGAGCUGCAGGUGGUGCUCAGCCGCUGGCCGCAGGGCGGCGCCUUCUUGCAGGCGGCGGAGGCUACGUCCCUUACCUCCAUAGGUAUGGUCCUGACGGGUGUGCAGAACCUUUACAACACCUUCAAAGAAGAUUGGAGCGAUCUGCAAGACAGCCUCGAACAGCUUCGCAAGGAGUUGGCGAGUCAAAGCCGUCAGAUGGCGGUGAAUUUGGAGAUUGUCUUGAAGCAGGCGGCGGUGCUGCUUGGGCUGUUGCAGGGUCUCCCCAACUUUGCGAGAUGCUUGCAGGAGGCCCUGACAAGGCCAAAGGCGGGGCCGGGGCGGCUCGAGGCGGCAGCUCGGGUCCGGGCUUCGACGUUCGCAGGAGAAUCCUUUGACACCGAAGGACUCCUCGGCGUCAAGCUGGGGAGCCUCUUAGCAGAUGCCAGAGACAUGAGGAAGAUCGUGGAGGACAGCGAGCUCUCGCAGGAGACAGAGUUGGAUUGGUGCACGGGGAUUCGAGGUUCCUGGAUGAUCAACGGCCCUGACCCCUGCGAGCUCCUCGUCCGAAGUUUCGACAGCCUGGAAGGCUGGUUGUCGGAGUGGUUGGACAGUGGGAGGCCUCAGGUGGUCUUCCGUGAACUUCAGAUCAGGCAGUUUGCCGCCGCACCCAACAUCAGCCGCAUUGAAGAACUCAGUCACCUCCUCCAUCGCACCGCUGAGUGCUGCGAAAGCGCGGUUCGCAAUCCAACUCCGGACCCUGAGCUUCUCGAAACCCUCCAGGCGGUAGCACGUUUGGACGAGAAGGAGGUGGAGAAGGAACACAGUCUUCUUGUGGAGGCCGUUGUCACGCAAUUCGGCCCGUCCGAAGGCUUGCAUGCCGUCGAUGCAAAAGCGGAGCUCGCCAGGCCAGGGCUGCUUGGGUUGGUGCGGCGUGCGAUCUCUGCUCAGUGGGUCUUCGAGAUGGGUUUGUUGGCUGUGGCGAGCUGGGGAGAUCGCCUGAAGCGCCGGGGGAACGGUUUGCAGAACCGCCUGGCGCUGGUCAAGAGCUCUCUGGAGGACCUCCACUCCCAGCUACGCGGCUUGGCAUCCUUCCGGCGCCUGGCCUUCGAGGAGAUCCACUCGGCUGGCUGGUGGGGGAGAUCCGGCUCGGGCUCUUCCAAAGAGCACACGGUCCAGAUCGCGUCCCGCCUGGUGCAAUUCUUGGCCCACGUUCAGCCAGGUGGCGUGACCUCCCUGCUGGACGUGGGCUGUGGCUGGGGAGAGUGGGUGCCGGAGGCCCUGGAGGCCGCAAAGCGCUCCGGAGAGCUCCCAGCGGGCAAAUUCAAAUACCUCGGCUUGGACAUCGCCUACCAACCCAUCGAGCACCUGCGCAGUAAGCACCGCGACAGCGACCUUCGUUUCGAGGUGGCGGACGGUGUGGAGGAUGCCCUGCCGCAAGGCUAUGCCGUGGCGAUGGUGCGCCAUGUCUUCCAGCAUUUGAAUCUCAGGGAUGCCUGGAGGCUGCUGUCGAACUUGUGGAAGGCGAGGCCGGCCUUUGUGGUGCUCUCCUCCUGGCCUGACUCGCAGAACGAGGACUUGGAGAGCUUCGGUGGCUCCUCGGCCUUCGCCGCCAUGGAGCCUGCGAGCCUGAAGAACUUCAAGUCCUACGACCUCCAAAAGCCUCCGUUCAGCCUGCCAGAGCCCCUCGAUUCCUGGCCCGAAGUUCACCAGAACGCGCGGAUGCUGGCUUUUCCCGGCGAGGUGCUCCGGCGCUUUGAGUAG